GACGUUCCAGACGGUAGCUCUUAUAACUUCGACCAAAAGGAAAGAGGCAUUGCUUUGCUGAUAAACAAUAGAAAUUUUAAAACCACAAAUGACAGAAAAGGAGAUGAAAUUGAUCAACAAAAUAUGAAAAAACUCUUCGAUGACUUAGGUUUAAAACUUGUUCAUAUGAAGAUCAAACAGCAGACGGAAUGCGUGGUAUAGCAACUAAAAUCGCUCAAGACAGUAUUCACGAAGAUUCGGACUGUUUUGUUUGCGUAGUAGCCUCACAUGGCAGGGAGAAGCAAACUAAAACAGAUACACAUGGUCCCUUCCUUGAAAGAGAACAAGAAAUAUUGGGUGUGGAUGGUAAUGAAAUAAGGACCAGUGAUUUCGUUGCCAUCUUUAGUGAUGAUAAAUGCAAAGGUCUGCGUGGAAAGCCAAAAUUCUUUUUCAUCCAGGCUUGCAGGACAGCAGAAGUUUUGAAAAUGGACGAAGGUUGUCCUCUACGUCCUUUAGAAUCUUUGAAGCUUAGUCAAGAAACUCAUGGGAAUAAAUUUACGAAUUCAGCUGAAGAAGUUCCAAUGGUUACAAUGGUUUCUUGUCCAGAAGACACUUUAAUCAUGUUUGCAUCGGUAUCUGGGAAUCUCGCAAUGCGAAACCCAAUGUAUGGAUCAUGGAUGCUCCAGGAAUUGUACAAUUGUUUAGAUAAAAACAGAAAAGAUCUCGGGAAAAGGAACUUUUUGGAAAUUCUAACACAUGUUUUAGCAAGGUUGAGUAAAAAAGAAACGUCAGCUAAACAAUUUUUUAAACAAUUCUCUCCUGGUUGCUUUAUUCAUUGUCUGACUAAGGACGUUUUCAUGAAGGAGAAAGUUCCAGAGUGUUAAGUUAUCUAGAAUAUACACUUUUGAAGAUUCAAUCAAUGACAAGCACUCGAUAUUUGCAAUGAACCGUGCUUCGAAUUUGUUUCAAGUAUAUUAGAUAAAUUACGAGCAUAAUGGUUAUAAUAUAUUUUGUGUUCUUU